GCGCGUCUCUUCCGGGGGGAAAACAUGUAGAAGAAGAACUUACCAGGAAGUUCGAGUCGACGGACCCUGGUUCUUCCGUCGCUGCAGAAUGUGACUAAUAUGAGAUAUUAGGCUUCAUGAACAUGUAGUCUCUGCUCUCAGUAAUAGUAUGGUAACCAGCGCUUGUUUCGGUGGAAAUAGAAAAAUUAAGAAAUGCCUUUGUUCAGUCAGAAUAGAAGGUUAGACCGCAUAAACGCCACAGCGGAACUGUUCGACAAAUAUCCACAUUUACAGGAAAAUGCGAGGACAUUCCGCGCCAAGCCGCUUGUUGACGUCGACCCAAAGUGCUUUUUGUAUGUCCAGCAAAGAGAGUUCGCCGCAACGACACCAGCAGACGAUUGCAUUUCUGUAAUUGGAUCUGAUGAUGCCACCACCUGCCAUUUGGUUGUGCUGCGACACACCGGAAGUGGAGCCGUUUGCCUCGCCCACUGUGAUGGUUCCAGCACUUGGUCUGAGGUCCCGCUCCUUGUGCAGGCCGUCACAUCACUGAGUAGUGUCAGCAAUGACGGCAGACUUGAGCUGCAUCUUGUCGGGGGAUUUAAUGACGAGUCAAAGACAUCCCAUAAACUCAGCCAUAACAUACUGGCAGCGUUUCAGAAACAGAAAGAGGAUAUUCAUCUGGAAACAUGUUGUAUCACAGAAAUGAACGACAUUGUUGUUGACGGGACUCACAGGCCGGUGGUGUAUGGAAUAGGUGUAAAUGUUAAAACGGGGGAUGUGUUCCCUUCAUCAUUCAUUCAUAAAGGACCUGCAGAGCAGCUGCGAUCAGCUCGGACCUUCACCGGCGGACAGAUGGCUGAGAUAUACGACUCCAGUCGGGGACUUGUGAAAAUUGGCCCCUGCGAGUGGUCUCCAAAUCUGGACAUUGCCUUUUGGUUGUCACAAGACGAUGACACAAUUUUAAAGUACCUGUCCACCUCUCCGAUGGCUGAACCGCCGCACUUCGUCCAGCACAUGAAGUCCACCAUCCAGUUCCUUUUAGAGCAUCCCGACUCUGAUGAACUGUUUCCUGGGGCUCAGCCCCAACUCUACCACAGGACGGAGAUGGGGGACUGGGAGAGGGUUGUCAAAUCAUAGAGGCCUACUCCCAGUUUUCUCUGAACCUUAACAUGGAACCUGAAUGGUUUUUUUUAAAUUUUUAUUAUUUACCUCUCAGUGCAUUGUAGACACUGUGACCGUUUCACCCACUGUCUGUUUUUUUGUUUUUUUUUAAGUCAUUGUGUCUUAACAACUCCAGGCUGGACCACAUGUCUGGUGAACGGCUCUCCGAACUCAUCUGGCUGGUCCAGCACAGUGAACAGAGGAAGAAUAAGUGAUUCUGUCAAUGCCUGUGACAGUUAAUUUCCACUCUUAUGAUGUGGUAUGAAGUCUGCAUCUUUCACCUCAAUGCUUGCAUGGAUUUUUUGUCUUGCUCUUUGUCCAGUUAGAACAAUGUAUACUCUUUUAGCCUAAGAACUACAACUACUGUUUUUUCCCCCCAAAGAAAAAAUUUAGUUCAUAGUAGCACAGGUUUGAAAUCAACUCAAAAUGCGAUGGCCUUCAUAUUUCUGUUGUCAGUUCCUACGGACAGGAAAUAAAACACAAAGUUGACAUGGAAGUUGUGAACGGGAUUUAAAAAUUUCAUAUGAACUGAGCAAGGAAAUUAUUGUUUUACAUUUAAAAUAUUGCUGUUCAGCAGUUUCAAGCUUCCCAAAUGUACCUGAAUGCAUUAACAAAGAUUGUAUCAUCGUAACUGCCUAAAACAAAUACAAAGCCAAUGAUUACUGAGACUACGGCAAGUUCUGCCCACUGAAGUUCUUUACCUGAUCAAAAUACUUAAACACAGAUUUUGGAAGGUAAUGGAUCAUAUAGCUUAUACUUUGGAAAUAUACACAAAAUUUUAGUAAAUAGGCGAAACACAUCUAUGUGGCCCUUUGAAUAUCGAGUUUGACCUGCCAGUGAGGCAUAAUUACAGGUGCGGAACUUGAUGCGACAACAAUGAAGAAAUUCAUUCAUUUUGGCAGUGAAGUGAAUAGUAAUUGCUAAAUUGCACCGUCGAAGAGUGGAACAAAGUUCGAAUUUCUCUACGAACGCACCGUCCUGAUGUGGUAUAUAUAAGUGGAAUAUGAUACGUCAUCACAUGCUAUACAUAACGCUGUAUACUUGGCCAUGAAUGUGUAUGUUAUUUUGAAAAUUGCAUGUGUAAAUGUGUAUGUUAAUAUACAGGGGAUUGAUACAGAUAGUUUUGAAACAGCCAAAAACAUGUUUUACUGUGUAAAGCCUUUUCAUCAUUUUGUUAUUCAGGAGGUUGCAGUGAACACACUGUACCUGUUGCUAAAUACAAGUUAUGUGACAAACCCAGUCGGAAACGA